CUCCAUCCAUCUGCGCCAGAUCCGCGCCUCGUGUUUUCUACUACUGUUUUCUUAGCUUAGGAGCAGUAGGUCCCGGGACUGCGCCUGCGUCCGCGGUGGGCUGGUUCGUGGCCUGCCUCGUCCUGAUUCGACGGGACGACGGCCGACAUGUGCAUGCCGUCUGCGCCUUGCGCUGGAUUUGCGACCCUGCUUGCCAUUUCUAGGUGCACAGGACCUUCAAAUAUGCUACAGUACUACUAGAUUGCACCGCCCCGCUGACCGAUCUGGGCCAAGGAUUUGGCUUGACGCCGAGAUAUCCGCGCUUCUUUUCCGUCGGCCAGCGUUAUUCGCGCAUAUUUCUGCAUCAUUCAUCACGGUGCCAUGGCUCCUGGUGUCUGUCAACCGCUUGCGGCAAAAGCUGGGAGACAGACCUGUUCUAGCUGCUGCUGCUUCCUCCCGCGGCUCUAGUCAAACUAUUCUAGAUUUCCAGGACAACAGACUGCUGAGGUCAUUGGUUAGCAUGCGCGAACAAGAUAACCAUUCCAAAGAAAUUAUAACGGAAGCUAUUGAGAGCUGCAUGAACAAACAAGCAGAGAAUCUGGUGAAUUCGCUGGAUGUCAUCAGUGGAAGGCUGUCACAGCUGGAGUUGUACUGCUACAAGCUUGAAAGGUCCAUUGGAGAACUGCGAAGCGAUGUAAUGGAUUACCACAGCGAAGCAAAUCUGAACUUCCAUAGCCUUGACAAGAACGUCAAAGAGGUUCAGAAAUGUGUACAAGUUCUUCAGGAUAAGCAAGAGCUUGCUGAAACUCAGAACGAGCUAGCUAAACUUCAGAUUGUAUAUGAAGAUCCUGCACAAAAGAGUGAAGGUACUGCCCCAUCAGUUUUCAUGGCCAGGGAAAAUGAUGGCAGUUUCCCAGGUGCAAAGCAUGAGCUUGCCCUUGUCCCGCUGCACCAAGUAAAUCAGUCUCCUGCUAUGCAAUUCCAAAGUUGCAACGGGCUUAUUCUACAGCAACUUGUGCCUGUCUCUUUGAGCACCCAACAAGACCAGCAACACUUGAACCAGUCUACUGUUUACCGCGCGCAAAAUCAAUGCCAACCUGAGCGCAGGCACGCCCAAACAUUUCAACCUGCACCGCAGUCUAUGCAACCGCAGGCCCAGAACCCCCAGCCACAGACUGUAGUUGAGGUACCUCCUAUGACUAGUCAGGCACCAGAGUUCUACAUCCAAGCUCAGCACCAUUGGCAACAUCAAACAGUCCAGGAUGUUCACUCGCAGGCAAGGCAACAACAGCCACAGCCCCAGGUGGCACAACAGCAGCAGUACCACAACAUGCAGCAAGUUCCAGCUCAGAUGGUUCAACUGCAGACAUCUUCUCCGCAGGCCCAAAGUGCACCUCAUGUCGCCCUGUUCUAUCCUCCUUACGGAUCCCAACAGCCCGCAUGUGGUAACACCGAGGCACUUUCUAGAGGCAUGGUUGUGCAGCCUGCCUACUCUACGAUCUCUUCUUCCCAGCGAAAGCACCAUGAAGCUGCUCCUGUUUACGUGCAAAGCAGCGCCAUUGCUGUUCCGAUGGCAGAACAUCACAUCCAGCACCAGCAGACCCAGCAGUUCCAUUCGCCCGGCAAUGGCUCAUUUGCACCUCAGCAAUGCAAGGUUGGUCCCUAUUCAGUACAGGGUAGUGCCCAGGCCUACAACACUGUAUAUGGAAGCCCUCCCAACAGUGCUGCUACUUUUGUUGCUGUCCUUCCUCAGCAAGCACAGCAGGCCAGCGCUCCGAUGAUGCUCCAUCAUCUAGGACCCCAGUCCGUGCAGAAUCACCCUGCAGACAUGGCUGACAAGGCUGCUCGAAUGGGUUACUUGAACGAUCAUGCUGAGAACAUGCCGCGCCGGAUGGUGGCUGCAGGCCAGCCCGUAGAGUACAACACCUUCCAUGACGGGCUGAGCUCUGUUGGCAAUGCGGCUUGGUCUGGCUAGUCGACGAUGGAGAAGCCGCAUGUGAAGCACUUCAUCUGCUCCUGUGACUUUCUCGUGUGAUAUACUGUGUGGCGAUCUUACUGUGAUGUGAAGCUCGCUUUUGAGCUUCCCUAAGGUAUUUGCUCUGGCAUCUUUUAUCAGCCGGCAGAUUGGUACUACGUAUCCUCCAGCCUACUUUUUUCAGCUGGAUGAUGAUCGUGAUGAAAUAAGACUGUAGGUUAGUCGAGUGAUGAUGAUUGUCGGCAUUUGUCCUAUUUUUAAUGGACGCGUAUGCUUGCAUGUAACCUGUUGUGGACUUGCAUUUGCAUGUUUGCGAUCGAUAUGAAAAUAUGAGAAAUUUGUUGGUUUUCA